GAAAAACAUUUAUUGUGAGAAAAUCUGGAACUCGAAAGAAAGAAACAAAUUUGAACAAAAAUCGCCUUCAAAAUGUGUCUGCUAGUAAACAGGCACCAGAGGUCACACAUCACGCUACCUCCGUCACACCAGCGUUAACAUGUCAGGGCAUGUCCGUGUCCCACAGCGUGUGCACCCGUCACACCGGGCAGACAUGCGAGUGUUGAGAGAACCGUUAACAAAUUUAAACACAAGCUAAAUUGGACAGAACUUACCCAAAGGCACUGGAGACGCAUACUUUAAAGGGACAGGGAUUGAACUGAUUGCUGAGAUCUGGCCCUGUUGUCAUAUAUGGAAUGGAUUGCUCCGCAGAUGAGUACUAUUAUAGCGGACAAUGCCACAAGUGCCAGCGGUGUCCACCUGGUCAAGAACUGAAAGAGGACUGCGGUUACAGUGAAGGUGUGUCUGCAGUGUGCGGCGUAUGUGAUACUCGCUGGUUCAAGGAGGACUGGGGUUCCCAUCCCUGUGCCUUCUGCCAGAACUGCCGUCGGCUCAACAGAUAUCAAAUCAAACGCUGCACACACACAGACAAUGCAGUGUGUGGAAACUGCCUACCUGGGUUUUACAGCAAAACGCGAUUGGAUGGAUUAGAAGAUUUGGAAUGUCUUGCAUGUGGCCCCGCCCCAUUCAGAAAUGUACAAUGUAGCAGAGGGGAAGUGAUUGGUGUGGCAAAAGUCCAUUCCUCAGACGCUUAUGUCCAAAAUGCUUCCUCCAUAGUGACUUCUUGUGCAGCUACAGCCGUCCUAACAACCUUUCUGUUUGCCAUAGUGUGUGUCACGUAUAACACACGUGCUUCACUUAGGAAAACAUGUAAACGUUGUAUAUCACCAGUUGGCACCCGUCAGCAUGACAGUGAAGCAGCCUCCAUUCCCAUGACUGCAGUACACACAGUGAUGCAGGAGGCAGAUGUUGACAGAUCAGGUUCUUGGCUGCCAUCGGAGAACCUUCGCACACUUAAAACCAUCACCUUUAAUCCUCGCCCUUACGGAUGCCAGGCUCAUGCAGAACUUGCGGCAGGAGUCAUCUCACAGGCGACGGAAUCACCCGUUCUUUCCUCUUCAGACUCUGACCUCUCCAGCCAGCAUGUCAUUCUUACCCUGGUAGGAGAACAGUCUACACCAGAGUCCUGCUGGGCUGCUGAACAGCGGACAGGCUGGGGGCUGCAUGCUCCAGUAGAGUGCACUGAACUGGACCUUCAACAUCUCUCCAAUACCCCAGAGUUCCAAGCAUUCAGGCCCUCAGGCAUCAUACCCACAAAUAGCCCUCUAUGUCCCGGCUCGGAUUCCAGUAUGCCCUCUUUGCUGAUGCUCUGGGACAUAGAGCAGGAGAGAGGGAGGGAGCCUGGAAAAGGAGAUUGUUAAAAGGACGGGAAGUCAGUAUACUUACGUUAUACUGUGGUAAUGAGACACUGACGGGUGCAACAUACAUAAUCACCACAAGCUUGUUAUCUACUAUCUGUGGAAUAAUUCAUCUGGUAAGUUUAAAAACCUUUGUGACUGACAGUGAUAGUAGGUGCUGACAGUGAUGUGUCUGAGACAGCUUUCUGUGUGAAACUAUGCGGAAAAAGGCAAACCUUUUGUUUACUGUAGACGAGGUGAAAUUAUUCUUGUUUAGCCUUUUUUAGACAAUUUAGAAAAUUUCAGAUUUCAUUCACAUUUGAUUGAUAAUUCAAUCAUUUCAGUAUUUUAAUUGAAAAAAAAACAUACAUUAAAGACUGAUUGUAAGUCUGUAAUGUUUUUUGAAAGAGCUCCAAAUGGAUGCAGAUAAAGGGGCUGCAAAUUGAUUGAAACUUCCUGAAGCUCAAUAACCUCUUAUUUGAACAAAUAAGCGUCUAUGAUGGCACGUCAAUGAUGUGAGUCAUAUUUGGCAUUGUUUGGUGGGUUUGAACAUGUUUACUACUACUUCCCACAUCAGCUCAAGAGACUUGUUUUUGCAAAUCACUGGUUUUAUGGCUAACGCUACUUUUUGUACCUAGGUGACCACUUGUCAGUGUCUAGUCAUAAUUUAGUGUUUACUUUGACUUGUCCAAGACUGGUGGUUAGUGCUGUCAAAGCCAACCCAGAAGUCUAUGCCCCAUUAUUAUGCCUUGGCAUUUCUCUACUACUAAAGAUCAUCUAAACGCAUAUAAACUACUACUUUAUUGUACAUUAAAUGGAAUAAAUUUGGAUGUAAUGACAUGUCCACAGAAAACAAUGCUGGGGAUGUGAUUUUUGGCACAUAAUAGCCAUACCUAUCAAAGGUUGCUAUGAGAUCCUACAUUCCACUGUAAAUAAUGAUCUGUGGCCUCAAGGCUUUAUGUUUUAGAUGUGGCUGACUGGAUUAGCAAAAUUAACUAGCAAUAAAAUGAAUCAAGUCACAACAUUCAAUAUCAAGGUUUGCUUUGACGGUUAAUCUCAUUCUGCACUUUCAUUACUAGUUGCAGAAGUGUUUUAACUAGUUCUAAAUUGAAAUGUAAUGUGUGUAAUAGGUUUUAAAUAUCCUGUCAUUGCUGAGGGGAAACUUAACUCUCACUUAUGUUAUCGUAUGACAAGUGUGUACAGUAUGCCAAAAAUAUAAAUUAGAUAUUCCAGUCUAUUUUAGGUUUACUGUGCGAUGGCACAAAACGUGUAAAUUAUUUUGGCAAUAGGAUGGUGCACAGCUCCAGUGUCAUAUUGCCAAAAUAAUUUACACGUUUCUGUUGUAUUAUAUGCACAAAACAUUAUUCCGAGGUCUCCAAGAUUCAGUAUUUUGGCAGGCUUUAAGUUUCACAGUAUUUUGCUACACAAAGCCACCAGUUUAUGAGACGAGGUACAUAAGCACCAACAUAAAUAGUGCGCAAGACAUUGUUUUCGAUACUCUCCAAAACAUAAUUUCAUCUCAUAACAACCAGUCAAAAAACAGCAUGCGCAAACUUGUCGUUAAAGACAUACAUUACAAUUCUUUGAAGAAGCAGUAAUUAGCCUCAGGACUUGGAGAUGUAUUGUAGAUGCUAGUAGGAAUUGAGACAUCAAGUGUAACCGCAUGGGCUGACGCCAGCACACCUUUAGCUAGCAGGUGUGUCUGUAAAUACACCCAGAUGUUCCUGGAGUGACUUUUUUGAAGAGAUGCGGGUGGGAUAACACAGACAGCACAAAGAAUGAAACAGUUACUGUAUUACGUAAUCUGGAGAGAAACUGUCCAAAGGAACACAUGCAGGGCACUCAGAGUGGCAAAGGCAUCAACCAUCAUUAGUAGGUGUUUGGUUUAUUUCAUAAGAGUUCACACCAACUCGCUCUAAAGGCCUUCUAGAAAGACACAUGCAGGACACUUUCCACAAGUCAUUCUGUGAAACAAUCCCAAUAUUCACUUCAUAGGCUUUGAGCUUGAAACUGUUAACAUAAAUUAGAUAACAUAAUGCAACAAAUAAUCAUUCAGAUAUUACCGUCUCUUUGUGCCGAAGAAAAUCAUUGUAAUACAUUUCCUCCCAUUUCUCAUUGUAGUAAUGUUAUAGUGAAUUUUGAAACACUGCAGUCUGUCAGUCUUAUUCUUCAAGUAUUCAGAGUUGGCAUUCAGGUUGCUGGGAAUAGAGCAUUGCAAUGACCUCUUCAAAAUGGACUGCAUCCAAAAAGGCAUUUAAAGCAAUUGUUUCUCUCUUUUGCAUCUUAGAUAAAUGUUGCUUUAUCAUUUGUAAAACUAAUUUAAAAGCUUAACAUUACAGCAUUAAUUUGGGACAUUUUGUACUGUAAAAGGUGCUGGGGUUUUUUGGUCCUUUUUUAAUGUAAGUCAACACCCUCUUCUAGACGUCUGCUUUGUUGUUUUAUUAUGUUAUGGUAAUUGUUAAGUGAUUAUCACUGUGUUUAAAACAAUGUGUUGAAUGUAAUAUAUUGUAUAUAAGAGUUUUAUUUUUUUACAUGUUUUUCAUCAGUGUUAAGUGUGGCAUACUGCUCUUGUAUUUUAGACAAAAAAACGAUUUGGAUGUAUAAAUAAAUGCAUAGUUCGUUCUUUUUCAAGAAAGUAAAUUGUAAACAGUUUUCUAGAUUUAGGAAAUGCAAUGGUGCAAAUGUUGUUAGUGUUCUGAGAAAUAAAUAAAUAAGUUUGUGUUAAUGUCA